AUGGCGACACCGAUUGACGGAAUAGGCGGCGAGAUGGCCGUUUUGGAAAGUUCGGGAGGCAAGAAGGUUGCUGGUGUUUUUGAGGAAGCAGUAUGUGUAGAUCGAGAAGAUGGUUUGGAUCAAGGUUCUGGGGCGGACUUUACGGCAAAUGAUCAGAGAGACAUGCAGCGCAUGGGCAAGACACAGCAGUUUCGAAGGAACUUUCGAAUGAUGUCUACGAUUGGCUUCACAAUUUGUGUUACGGGAACAUGGGUUAUUUUGCUAACAUCACACACCCAAGGUCUAAUUGCUGGAGGCAUGUCCGGUCUCUUUUGGUCUUUGUGCUGGUCGCAUAUUGGCCAGUUCUUCAUUGUCCUGUCUCUCGCUGAAAUGGCGUCCAUGGCUCCCACUGCUGGCGGUCAGUAUCACUGGGUAUCGGAAUUUUCUCCUCGAGAAUACCAAAAGGUUCUCAGUUACUUGUCAGGAUGGCUUUCAACUGUCUCGUGGCAAAGCAUCGUUGCGUUGGACGCAUUCCAAAUUGGCUCCAUUAUUCAGGGCCUCAUUGCUCUCAAUGACGAUUCAUAUUCACCGACGAGAUGGCAGGGGACUUUGCUUGUAAUUGCGUCAGUCAUUGCGGUUUCCCUCUUCAAUGUCUUUGCUGCAAAGCAUCUCCCCUUAGCUGAAGGGACCUUUGUCACUCUGUACAUCUUCUCCUUCUUUCCGGUUGUCAUCACUUUGCUCGUAUUAGCGCCCAAGCAAUCCGCUAGUGAGGUCUUUACUCAUUUCACAGAUAAUGGAGCAGGAUGGCCAUCACUUCCGUUGACAGUCAUGGUUGGACAGGUGUCGUCUAUGUUUGUAGUUCUUGGCUCCGACUCUGUGGCACACAUGGCAGAAGAAAUCAAGGACGCUGGAGUUGUCGUCCCGAGGAGUAUGGUCUGGUCGUUCUUAAUCAAUGUACCGUUCACCUUUGGACUUUUGAUCGCGUACUUGUUCUGUAUUGGAAACGUUGAAGAGGCCCUGGCGUCUAAAACAGGAUUCCCAUUCAUGUAUGUCUUUCAGAACGCGACAAAAUCCAUUAGCGCUACGACGGGUCUUACCAUUGUAGUGCUGGUGCUGUUGACGAUGAUUACCAUCAGUGCGCUGGCAUCGACAUCGCGACAAACCUUUGCUUUUGCUCGAGAUAAAGGCCUUCCAUUCUCCAACUGGCUUGGGACUGUCCAUCCUUCGUGGCAAGUUCCGGUAAACUCAGUCUUCUUCACAUGCGCCUUCUCAAUGGCGUUUGCUCUCAUCAACAUCGGCUCAACGGUCGCAUUCAACGCCAUGCUUUCACUGUCAACUGUUGCGCUUAUGGCCACGUAUGUUGUCUCCAUUGGAUGCGUCACAUUGAAACGUAUUCGAGGCGAGCAACUUCCCCGGUGUCGCUGGAGCCUUGGUCGAUCUGGUCUUUCUAUCAACAUCAUCGCGCUCUUGUACUCAUGUUGGUCAUUCUUUUGGAGUUUCUGGCCAAACAGUUAUGAAGUCACUGCUGCAAAUUUUAACUGGGCGUGUGUGCUCUUUGUCGGAUUGAUGGCCAUAUCGUGGGCUAUUUAUUUUGCCAAGGCAAGGCACGUAUAUGAAGGGCCGGUUGCGACGGUUGAAGGAUAUAAGGAGAGUUAG